AUGAUUUUUACGGUGGCUUUUAUCGCGACGUUGGGAUUGCUAGUGAUUUGGUGGAUUGUUUGGCGAUUGCUGCACUGGAAGCACUUCAAAGUGUCUUCCGAUCUGAACGGACCCCAGGAUUACCCGCUUGUUGGCAGUGCUCAUCUGUUCCUCGGCAAAAGCACCGAGCAGCAGUUCCGGUGCAUCCUCGACAUCAGCAAAACGUACAGUUCACCGUGCCGCAUCUGGCUCGGCCCGCAACUGUUCGUCUACAUCGACAAUGCCACCGAUCUGCAGAUCGUGCUAAACUCUCCGAACUGCCUCGAGAAGGCGGACGCGUAUCGGUUCUUUCAGUGCGAGCUGGGACUGUUCUCGGCUCCGGCUAGUGUGUGGAAAGUACACCGAAAGCACCUCAACCCAUGCUUCAAUGCGAAAAUCUUGACCAGUUUCGUGUCAAUCUUUAACGACAAAAGUGCCGUGCUGGUGGACCAACUCCGGGCGCACAUCGAUCAACGGGGUUUAUUCAAUGUCAACGAAUAUAUUUCCAAGUGCACUUUGGAUAUGGUUUGUGCUACAACGCUAGGGACAAAUAUGAACCUUCAGAACGAAGAAGGGGACGAGUAUGUGGCUGCCAUCGAAAGAGCUUCCGAGCUGUUGAACCAUCGGUUAUACAAAGUAUGGCUCCAUCCGGAAUGGAUCUAUCGACUGACGGAUAGCUAUAAGAUCCAAAAGCAAUGCUAUGCUACCGCGUACAAAAUGUCUCGGAAGGUUCUCGCUCUCAAAAGUCGUGAACUGGAGGAAAUCAAGAGCAUGAAGAACAGGGCAACUCCGGUAGCAGUUCCGGUAACUGAUUUAUCAAUGGAGGACUAUCGGAAGCCUCAAAUUUACAUCGAUCAACUGUUUCGGCUCGCACGCGAAACGGAUGUGUUCGAUGAGAAGGCCAUCCGAGACGAGAUCGAUACGAUCAUCCUGGGUGGGAAUGAAACAUCCGCUCUGACCCUUUCGCAUGUGGUGCUUAUGUUGGCGAUUCAUCAGGACGUUCAGCAGAGAGUGUACGAAGAAAUUGUAGCCGUGCUGGGACCUCUUACCAAUCACGUGGAAAAUGACCAUCUACCCAAACUGGUCUACAUGGAGAUGGUUAUGAAGGAGACAAUGCGCCUGUUCCCCGUUGGUCCUCUGAUCGGACGUCAAUGCACGGCGGAUACAAAAAUAUCAAACACAACCAUCCCACAGGGUGUGACUGUUGUCCUUGGGAUAUUCAACAUACAGCGCAGCAGAGAACACUGGGGAGCGUCUGCUGAGGAGUUCGACCCGGAACGGUUCACCCCGGAACGCAUCGCCAGCAGGCAUCCGUAUAGUUUUCUUCCGUUUAGUGCUGGACCGCGCAACUGCAUCGGGUACAAGUACGGCCUGAUGUCCAUGAAGGUGAUGUUGUGCCACCUGCUGAUGGCAUACCGCAUCACGACGGAUCUGACGAUGGAGCAGCUGACGCUGAAGCUUAACAUCACGCUGAAGAUUGCGAACAAACACAUGGUACGCCUUGUUAAACGAUAG